AUGGGAAAGGAAAGACUCGAUAAUGCUGCCCCAGUUAUUCAUGCAACGAAAGUCAGACUUGUAGAUAAUCCUAAACUUUAUGAUGAAAAUAUUGAGGACCCAAUAGAUGCUCAGGAGGUGUUUGACUACAUAAAAGAUAUAAGCGAUCCUGAACAUCCAUAUACUUUAGAGCAGUUAAAUGUUGUUCAGGAAGAACUAAUUUAUGUUGGUCUCGAUCCUUUGGACCCUUAUGUUGAUGUUCGUUUUACUCCAACAAUUCCGCAUUGUUCCAUGGCUGCAUUAAUCGGCCUUGCAAUUCAUGCAAAACUUAAAAGGUAA